AUGCCAUGGAAAUCGGGUUUCAAGUGCGACGGGCCUCCAUCUUCUUAUUUUGACCUCGAUCUUGACGGCGUUGUGACGCUGGACAAGAUAGACGCUGGUCCUUCCCGCGCAGGUCGCCCUGAUUAUCACGUCAGCCUCAAGGGCAAGGGCCGCUCGCAUUCUGCCCCUAUCACUCCAUCCGUCUUCGACAUCAUCCCUGCGACCGACCUCGACACCUUUGCCCCUUUGCCCUUCGUAAUUCUUAAUUUGUUUGAUGAAUGCCUUCCUCGAGAACUCAGACUUCAGGUUCUGUCGUCCUUGGUUACUCUGCAUGAGGCAGACCACGAGCUGAUGAAACGAGAGGGUCGGUGGACGGUAAGCAAGGCAGCAACUUCCAGGUACAAGUGGGUGGGCAGGGACAGGGGCACCCGAGAACUGGUGAAGUUUAGCAGAGUCUCGAAGGCAUGGCGAGACCUUGUCUUUGACGGUCAACUAUGGACUGGUGUCAAUCUUUGUGCCUUCCCCAAACUUCCUGCUCCAGUUCUCUUACGUCUGUCAAAAAGUGCUGGAUCGUUCAUCAGGAAUAUUGACUUUGCUGGGCACACAAGCCUGACGCCAGCAACCCUAGCUGGAGUUGCUGAAAAUCUCUGCUUACAGCUUACUCCCCGCGACCCAUACUCCUGCACACAGCUCACUGCAAUUAACUUACAGGGCUGCUCUAUUCUGGAUGCUCGUGCUAUCCACGAAAUCCUCGCCCGCUCACCUCUACUCAGCUCCUUGUCUUUAAAAGGGCUUGAUGCCGUGACGAACAUCACCUUCCAGGUCCUCGCAGCGUGCCCACUCCUGACAUCAUUGAAUAUGAGUAGGUGUCCCAACAUCAAUGCGGACGGGCUGCUGUCCUUCUGUCGCCCAGCUGUUGGCGGGACCACGCUCCGUCUUAAAGAGUUGCGAUUAUCCGGCAUGACAGGAAUCUAUGAUGACGUCCUUGCAACCCUCGGGCAGUCAGCGCCUCUUUUGGAAGUCCUCGAUCUUAGCUAUUGCCGCAGUCUACACAACUCUGCCCUCGAAGCUUUUGUAGCAUGCUCGGCGGAUGACGAGAGCGUGGACAGCAUUUGGCUAAACGCACGCGAGGCAGGUCGAGAUACGCGAAAUGGUGGCAGAUACCGCAGACGCAUCACAAACAUCCGCCAUCUUGCCCUCUCGAACUGUGUGAUGCUAACGGACAUCGCGUGUUCAAACCUUGCACAUACGAUGCCCAAGCUGGAGCUGUUAGAACUAGCUGGAAUCGGACCAGAGCUCAAGGAUGAAGGCCUCGUUCGACUACUUAAGACGACACCUUUGAUCAGGAAGUUGGAUCUAGAGGAUGCAUACGAGAUCUCCGAUGUCCUUCUGGCCAGCAUCACUCCUGAUCCAGGUGACGCUGCCUCCGGCGUCCCCUCCGUUGAUUCAUCGCAGUCAGGUCACGCUCUUGAGCACCUCAUCGUUUCGUAUGCACUGAACCUUACGAACGAGGCAUUCUCUUCUUUGAUCCAUAACUGCCCAAAGAUUCGGGUGCUUGAGGCGGACGGUACACACAUCUCCGCCUCGGUCCUGCGCAAUUUUGUGCGGCUGGCUCGAUCGCGCCAACUAUCCGACGCCGAGCUCGUCGUCGUUGAUUGCCGUGCUGUUGGAGAGAGCGUCGUCAAGGAGGUAUCGGCGUCAACACGACCACGGAAGGGAUGGAGGAGCUGGCAUGCGCGCAAGCUCGGGUACUUCGAUGCACAAGAUGGGGAGGAGCUGAACUUGAAGCCGUCGCAACGCCAAGAUGAAUGCGACGAGAAGAGGGUUGUCCUGAAGUCGUUUUACAAUUGGCAAACGGUCGAUGCGGUAAGAGCCGCGCGAGAGCGGAAGCGGAAGUCGUCGAGGAAAUUGGUUUCCACUAAUAACAGCGAUGGAGAGGAAGGGCGGGGAUCACCGCCUGGCCGGACCCGGUGGUGGUCCCCCAGUGGAAGGCGAUCGUCGGGAACGAACACUCCUGGAGUACUAGAAACCGUUGAUCGAGAUGGCUGCACCAUCAUGUAA